GACGGAUUGAACAUCGAAAACUGCUUUUCCCUGGGAUCUGUCCGCCUCGUGGUCGCCAUUUCAGUCGCUCUUGUGUGACAUCUACCGGGUUUCGCCCGCUAUCGCUGCUGCGCUGCUUAUCCCUUCUCUCCGGCUUCAGCCGCCGACAAAACUCCCCCUUUGCGCUUCCCUGUCCAUCUCCAUCGCCGAUCUGAGUUGAUCCAGCGUGCUCCCUGGCAUCACUUCCAAGCAAAGUUCGACUCCUCUGAGUUGGACGCCCAUCCCCAAGCCCUCUACCAUGUCAGGCUACAACGGGCGCCGGGCCCCCAACUUCUCUCAGUACUUGAAUGACCUGAACACUGUUCCCUCUCCCUACGAUCAGACAUUGCAGCAGGACCAAGGCCUCUUCGACGUCGACGCAGAAUUGGCUCUUUUCACGAAUGCAGAGUUCUUUGACUUUGACUCCAGAGGAGAUAUGUCAAGUCACGUACCCGUCUCCCUUGGCGAGGACCUCGCACAGUCAGAGCCGACCUCGAGUCAGGACGUAAAGUACCUGGAUAUGUUGAAUGACUUCAACCUCCCAAACUAUCAAUAUUACACAACCGCAAUGGGCCCCGCUCAGGCUCCCGCCUAUUCUGCCCCUCCACAGCAACCACCAAGUCACACAAAUGCCGCUUCAGGCUCGCCUCCUCAGCCCGUUGCCAGUCAGCCUACCCCGCAAGAGACCCAGCCCAGACCUCAACACACCACAACCACCCCCACUACUGUAGGAACCAAGCGGAAGCAGGACGCGUCCACCCUUGAUGAAGCCGCCCGUUUAGCCCAAGAAGAAGAUAAAAGACGCCGCAACACUGCAGCUAGCGCUCGAUUCCGUAUCAAGAAGAAGGAACGCGAGAAGAACCUCGAGCGCACUGUCAAAGACGUCACAGCCAAGAACGCCGCUUUGGAAGCUCGCGUUAGUCAACUCGAACUGGAGAACCGGUGGCUUAAGAACCUAAUUACCGAGAAGAACGGAUCGAUGCUUUCUGACGGCGACAUUUCGGGCAUGUUUACCAAAUUUCGAGAUAGCAAAGAAGGACAGGCUGCCACCCAACAGCAGCAAGUGAAAACAGAGACGGAUGAGACGGAAUCGAGGGCUUCGUGA